UUUAUCAAUUCAAUGAACAUAACGUGACAUUAACUUCUACCUGAAAUGCGUGCAGAGAAAAUCAUUUUCUUAUCUUUUCUGAUAUCGACCACGCCCCGCUUAGAACUGAUAUAUAAACCCAUCGUCAAACAUUUAUCAAGCAUUCUUUUUCUUCUUAUCCAAAAGACGAGUAGAUAACCACGUUCAACAUCCACGAGGCAUGGCAACUCUAGAGAGGGGUUUCUUUUUAUUCUUCCUCGCCGUGGUUUUGAUCCUCUGUCAAUCUUUUGCUCAACGUUCCACAAGUAGGGCCAACAGAAAGCUGGCAGAAACGAACAGGCUACGGAACGGAGAAGAAUGCAAAGACAAAGGUUCACACAGUACUUGUAAGAAAAUUAUCAACGAACUGGGAUAUAGAGUGUGUUACACGAUCAUUAGUCAGCUAAAACUCAAGCUGGAAAGAAGCUGUUCCGCUAGUUGUCAUUAUUGUGGAGAACCUCUCGAAAACUGCAGAACAAACAGGAAUGGAUGUUGUUGGGAUGGUAGAACAACCAGUCAAGAUCCCUAUGGCAUAAAAGGCUGCCCUGAGUGCAAGGAUCAUUUUUCUUUGUGCAAACGAUUCAAGAAGUUUUGCACACAGUCACGACCAGAAAAUAUCGAGUUCAUGGAGUUUCACUGUCCAUUGACUUGCGGCAAGUGUAAUCACAGGAAUUUGCCAAUAAACGGACAGAAAAUCCGGAUGGACGAUUGGAGGAAAAUUUAAUUGCUGAACUAAGAAGAGAUUUGGUGGAUGGCAAAGUCCUCUCACAAGAUGGAACGUCAAUAUCCUUAGGCCUGUUGUUACAUUUAAAUGUGAGGUUGCCUUCAAAUCAAUGACUAUGGAGGACCAAUACUUUCAUUACACUCUUGCUAGCUGGAUGGUGAUUUUGGGCAAAUUUUGAGGGAGCGUCGAAAAAAAUCCAAGAUUGUAUUGAUUUUAAUUUCCUUUGCACUGUGAUUGGUCUGGAAAGUUCUCGACAACGUUUAAACCAAAUACAUGCUGCAUUUGUUUUUUCAGCAAUUUAGACAGUUUUCUGAGAAGUUCGCUUUUUUUUACUUUGAGUUCACCUCCUCGCCGUAGUCAUAUUCUCCUCUGUUCGUUUAAGAUGUAGUGAUAACUUUUUAGUUUUACAACGCUCAAUUUUAUCUAGAUUUUUAUCGCUCCAUCCAUGGUAUCUAGUUAUCAGAGUAUAAUCAAUCGAAAUGUGCUCUGUCCGGUAGAUAUGGCGUUGUAUGCAAAAAUUAAUGCCUAAAGGUUAGCAGGACAAUAUUUAGGAAUGCUUAAAUAGCUUAAUGCUGUAAUAAAAAAUAUUUGAAAGAGA